GGGAAGAGGAUGCCUGAAGUGCGCCUGAUUGGCAGAAAAGGCCAGCAACGAUUCCCCAGGUCAUACAGCAGGCCUCUAAGCCACCCUCAAAGCCAUGAAGAGUCCCGUAGCGGGGCUGAGUCUGCCUAGAAUUGGGUAUUUCUAGCAUUCCUCGCUCUUCCCUAAUUUUCGUACCAUAACCCUCCACCUAUUCUCGCAAUCUUCACAUCCCACGACAGGACGAACUCUGGCAGCCUUCCUAGGAUAAUUGGUGAAGGACGCAGCAGCAUCUUUACUCAACAUUUUGUCUUAGCCACUGUGAUUGUGGUGAAGAGAAGAUGCGGAUUGAACCAUUCGAUGAGUUUUGGCCAUAUCAGCUACCUAGCAAACAGUCUAAGUGUAUCGAACCUUAUAAUGCCCAAAGCGAACAUAGUAUUUCCACACGGGAUAACGAGCAGUGCCAAGCUCCUAAAAAAUAUUGGCGCCCGAUGAUCAUAAGGCCAAAGAUAACCCGCUGUGGGCGCGGUACACGUAGAAAUUAUGCCUAUUGGAAGGAAAGAAAUGAGAAUCUAAAUGCGGAUCUUUUUGAUGGACGUGAGUUGCUCUUUGGCAACAAGCACGGGGCUUUGGAGGUUUCCCGUUUGGCGAAUCUCGACACACAGCUAAAGAUACGUAACGGUAGUAGGGAUGAUCUCAUCAUGUCAUCUCAAUGCGCAAGAGAGCUAGGAGUUCUAGAUGAGAUAUCUACUGAUUUCGAAGACCCAUGUUUACAGAGCAUUUCUGGGCAUUUGACGGCAGUGAAGGGGAUCUUACGUAACGUCCAAUUUCGACUAAGGGAGAGCUCGGCCACAUUCUCUGGCGACUUCUGGGUAUGCGACGCGAUUGAUGGGUUUGUCGACGUCAUGAUCGGAGCAAACUUUAUCACGGAAAAUUUCAAAACGUUAUUCAAGAAUGUUAUAGGCUGCGCUAGCAACUUCGCCAGGAAUAAUUUCGAGAGGUUGUCGAAUAAAGUUGAAGAGCGUAUUAGUAUGUUCGCAACUUGGUUCUCUAGGAAGAAGGAGACCCCUGAGCAAAAGAGAGAACGAGAGGAACAAGAACGUCAACAAAAGACCAAAGUCAAUGCACUGGAAAUGAAACGUCUUCAAAGAGAGAAAGACAUGCAUCAGCGUGUUAAUGGACAUAAUUCUGAUAGUGGUGGAAGCGUUCACCAAGGCAUCACAUAGACCGGGGCGCAAAGUGGCCACACAUGAAAUGUGUCAGGGGACAGCGCUAGCACUAGUCCCGAUCAGGGAUAGUUCGAGACCAGGGUAUAUUAUAUAUAGGGUGCUGCCCGAAGGGCAAGCGUUAAUAGUUCACUGAUACUACCUACAAUACUGCC